AUGUCCCUGGUGGAUUUGGGGAAGAGGCUGUUGGAGGCAGCUCGCAAAGGGCAGGACGAUGAGGUGCGAACACUAAUGGCAAAUGGCGCUCCCUUCACCACAGAUUGGCUGGGCACAUCUCCUCUUCACCUUGCAGCACAGUACGGUCAUUAUUCAACAGCAGAAGUCCUCCUCCGGGCUGGAGUUAGUCGGGAUGCCCGAACCAAAGUUGACAGGACGCCACUACACAUGGCAGCAGCUGAGGGCCAUGCAAACAUUGUGGAACUCUUGAUCAGGAACAACGCGGAUAUAAAUGCUAAGGACAUGCUGAAGAUGACUGCUCUGCAUUGGGCAGUGGAGCAUGACCAUCGUGAGGUGGUGGAGAUUUUGUUAAAAUAUGGAGCAGACGUUCAUGCUUUGAGCAAAUUUGACAAAAAUGCAUUUGACAUCGCCCUUGACAAGCACAACCCUGAAUUGGUGGGAAUAUUGCAGGAAGCUAUGCAGAAUCAAGUGAACACAAAUCCAGAGAGGACAAAUUCGGUCGCUGUCGCCACACCGCAAUUCAUCAUUGCGCCGGCAGGAGUAAUGAACCUCACAGGACUGGUUUCUUCAACGUCUACCAAAACAACCUCAGGUGAAUCUGGUGUAUCCACAGUGCAGUAUGGUAACUCCACAACCUCAGUACUGGCUACGCUGGCUGCUUUAGCUGAAGCUUCAGGGCCACUCUCAAAUUCACCCAGAAGUGCAGCUGCAACAGAGGAAGUGGUAACUGCAGACUCAGUUGACUCAGCGAUUCAGCAGGUCGUAGGGAGCGGAGGUCAGAGGGUUAUCACCAUUGUGACGGACGGUGGGGUGCAGCUGGGUAACCUUCCAGCGGGCAUUAACACUGGCCAACCAUUUAUUGUGACCAUGCAGGAUGGGCAACAAGUCUUGACAGUCCCAACCACCCAUGUGGAGGAAGAGACCGUCAUCACGGAAGAAAUGCCAGCAAAGAAACAGUGUCUGGAAGAAGUCCUUAAUCACUCCGAAUCAAUAGAGAAGGACACGAAUGAUUGCUUGGAGAGAGAACUACUUCAAAAGCAGCUCCACGAAGCAAACCGAAAAGCUCAAGAGUACCGGCAGCAGCUGAUGAAGAAGGAACAAGAAGCAGAGGAGUACCGCAUGAGACUGGAGGCUAUUGCAAGGCUCCACACCACGGCUGAGGAGAUCACUGUUGUAGAGGAGGUCACAGAUGAUGGCACAGGUACGGUGAUCACCAUGGCAGCAGAGCUGGAAGGUCCUGAGACCACGGUGGAAACAAUGGAGCAGCCUACUGACAUGGCGACGGAGACAGUGACUUCAUAAAAUCUCCCUCUCAGCGUCCCCUCCCCCUAACACCAACCUGCAAAACUUUCUCCCUGAUGCAUUUUGUUUUUCAAAUUCAGUGCGCCUGUGCUCGCGCACACAAACCAAGAACAGCUUGGGGGCAAGCUGUUGGUCACUGCCACACCAGAACACAGACGGUCACUAUCUGAUUGCACAAGAACUCCUCUUGGAACUCAACACCAGGAAACCUCUGAACACUAGCAGGUACAGUUUUUCCUCGGAGCUUCAGAAAAUGGGGAGCAAGGGGAGAAUGUUGGGUGUUGCUAAGUCUGUUAUUAGAAUCCAGGUACUCCAAUUCGCGUCCAAGCAGGAGAAUAUCCAGGAGCUUGAACUCAGUUGGGGUUAUGGUUUUGACUGCAGGGGUUUGGUGGGAAGUGAAAAGAGGGAAGGAUGAAAAUUAAACCGCUUCGAUGUCAACAUUGUUUUGUUUCUGCUACAAAAGCAUUGGGAAGCAAGGCUGACGAAAUGACACCGGUCCUGCAACUAAUAUAUACACGCACCUGAGCACCAUGUCCUCUCGGUGUCCGUCUUCUCUGGGCCAUUGAUGUUACGUCUGCAUUUUAACGAUUUCAACAAAAAAUGUAGUAGAGUCUGUUUGCCUUGAAUAUGGAGAAAGAAACAAACAGCACAAAAUCUUCCUAUGGGUAAUUUUAAAUUAUUUUAAACUAAGAAUUUCCCACGCUGCAAUUUGCAAUCAGUUAUUCAUCUGGUGGGGGCAAAAAAAGUCCACUAAUAGAGACUUUUAAAAAUGGUUUUGGUAAUAUUGUUUGGUAUUUUUAUGUACCAAUUCCUUUAUCCGUAUUCCUGCAGAGUUGUCUUUCUGACAGGUGUAAUUUCUCCCUCUGAACUUUUGCCAGUAGGUAGAUGGGGAGUUUGCUACUGACCUUCAGAGUCUGUGAAGAUCUGCAUUCAUUUAGCACCUUCUCACAUUGCUCAGAAAUGCCUCAAAGCAUUUCACCUGCAGUGAAGUACAGUAACUUGUUAUGGAGGCAACGUUUAACAAUAAAGGUGCUGACUGCUACCUGAUCCUCCCUGUAAGAACAGUAUCCUUAGCCGUCAGCACCUCUGGAAUUUUCAACCAUUUCGGAGAUUUCAUUUCAGAAGAGACAGAAACAAAGUCUAGAAUUGAAAUGUCACCUCUUCUCCUUAGCCCCCAUUCUAAUUUUAGUGCUCUGUUUAUUUUGAAGCUUCAGAAAGUUCUGAUUCUGGCUGUGGAGGGUUCCAUCCACAAGGAGAGUGAAUAAUUUGGCAUUGGAGUUGGCAGCAGUGCCCAGGCAUCUUCCAAAAGGUUUUCUCUUCCGGUUUAUAACAUCCUUUAUUUCACCAGCCCUCCCAUCUCCAAGAUUUUGUAUAAUUAAUGAGCAAUGAUGCUCAAAGAUAGUGAAGCAAAUGCAUCAUUUUUUUUUUAAAUCCAUGUGAUUCUUCUCCUUGCUGUUGCUGCAGUGGUGUCCAGGAAAGUAAUCCUUUAUUUUUUUCCCUGAAGACUCUGGAACAGUCCAAAGGGCUGGUGAACCCUCGGUGAGAAAACAGCUGAUUUAUCUGCCUUGAGCAUUUUGUCUUCCUUGAUCCCAAUUAAAACGAGACCUGUUGGAUCUGUACUUGAUCCACGGGCAACAACUGCCACCACCUCACCAUGGAGUCCAAGGACCCAAAACUCUAGGUUCAAAGACCUGAAGUUUAGAUUGGUUUUGUUAGUAUUCCUUUGUACUUUUAUAUAAAUCAAGUUGUUUUAUUGCUGAAGUAGGUCCCCUGUGUGGACAGACAUUGGAAUUUAUAAGUAACCUUCCCCUUUACUUUUCUGGAGCAUAGACUUGAAGGUAACUACCAAGUCUGGUGUAGGCCUUCGAUCCAGUUAGAUGCCUGGAAGUUGGACAGGGACAGGAUCCAGCUUUUCUGUGCCAGUUCUGCUAAGUGGAAGUGCCUGCCAAAGGUUCACAGCCUGGCUCUGCACAGAUGUGGCCUUUUUGAUCAUGAGGCAAUUAGAUGUGAGUGAUGUCCACAGGGCAAUUCCCCUGGCAUAAAUGAAUGGCAGUGGGAGCAAUAGCAGGGGAAAUCUCUGCUGGCCACUCUGCUCCCCAGUGUCUGCUUUUAACUGAAGAUGGCCUGAAGUGAAAUCUGAAGAGCAUCAAGCAAGUUGAGAUUAUUGAAUGACACAACUUGGUGAGGAAAAGAUAGUCAUUUAUACAGCAUUUAAUCAUGUCUGAGACAUGGCCGAGAGCACUUCUAUACAAUACCUUGCCUACAUAACAACUGCACUUCAGACAUCUUUGUUUGCUUUGUUGUCCUUUCAUUUAAAUUGCAGAAGGUGAUUACAUUUUUAAUAGAUUUAUUUUCUAAUGAACCUUCCUGUGGACAGGUUUGCUUUUCUCAUUUACAGCUGCAUUGUGCAUUAGCUGUACAGCCAGGGUCUCGCAUAAUUUCCUCGACCCAAUUUUAUAUUUAAAGAAGAAAUUUGUAUUUUUUAAAUCAUUUUUACUGUUGUCUAAGGUUGUGCCUCAUAGUUAUUUUACAACUGAAUAUUCAGUUUACGCAAUUGGUUAUAUUAAAGCACCGUUUAAAAAGGUGUCUUCUCUUUGGAUAUGUAUUUAGGGUCGUCUUGUGAUUUAAUUUUCAGCUGAGAUAUGGGAAUCUGGUCACAUGUGGAAGUUGUAAUGUCCCGUUGAAGAGCACAGUGGGUCAUUUCAAAACGGCCAUCAGGGUUUUCACAACGGCUGUUAGCCCGUCUGGCAGCCCGUCUGGCGUCAGUAAACUCAAAUGGCUGCAGUGUUGUUCAAAAUGGCUUUAAGGUUGCUUAAAAUGGCUGUCUAUGCAAGUCACUGGUGAAAGUAAAAAAUGCCAGCACAUUGCUUCGUCCGGUCCAUUGCUGCUGCUUCAAUGUUGAUCCAGUAUUUGAACCUACAGACCGGCAUCUCCACUUGAAGGUGUCACCCAGUUCCCCAAAAACCAGGUGUGAAGCUGGCCCUAACUCUAUAUACUUUUUUAUCCUCUUUACUUUCACCAAACGUUGGAUUUUUCUACUCAGAUUUUCGAGCAGCUGGCCUUUGGCAAAAUCAGCUGUGUCUGUCUGUCUGAGUUGUGGUCGUCUAAUUUCCCCACUCGUCCAAUUCAAGUAGCCUCCUUCUUCGUUGCCGGACUAAAAUUAAACCUAAUCAAGCAGACACUGUCUGGCUCAAUGUCACAUGGACCACUCUGCACCUCUCACUUCUCCCUCUCUUGCUCGGUGAGACUGUGAUACUUGCAGUAAAGUGGGGUUCCUACUUGCUCACUUGUAUAAUUAUGCAUUCCAUUUUUUGGCUAUUAGUGCUUACUAAUCAAUGAUGUAACAUAAGUUGUUUAAACAUUUUCUGUUACUCUUUUUUUAAACUGUCUUGUCUCUGGAAAAUACAGGAAUUUUUCUUUCUGCCUCAUUCCUCCCUCACUUCCCCAGCAAAUCGGUCUUAAAAUUUCUUCACCACCCCUCGACGAAACCAAAACAAUGACCAGUUUAAAUAUUAAUGAGCUCUGAGACCUGGCGUGAAAUUGAUCUGUAUAAAAUUGUGAAUAAUGUAUCAGUGCAAUGGGUCUCGAUCGCGCUCUGGACAGCCUGCUGGGAAAAGGGAGAUGAAUCCAUGUUCCUGUGACUGCUUUGUGGCUUCAGAGAAUUUAAGCUAUUACUGCCACAUUAUGUGACAUGGAAGCACAGAGGAGUUUGGUGGGUGGGAUGAGUUGGAGACUUAUUGAAAAGUUAUUCUGAAAUAGUGGCAGAGGCACAGACAGAUUUCUGAUCUACUACAGAGUCAGACAGAAAAGUGACGUUCAGGGAAUGAUCGGUUAGUCUUGAUCUUGAAUGGUGGAGCAGGCUGGAGGGGCUGAAUGGCUUGUUCCUAUUUCUUAUGUAGAUAAAAUAUUGAAGGAAUUUCUCCAACCCAAUUGUUUCCAGCUAUGUAUUGGCUGAGAGCCAGCUUUGUGUGUAUUGGUCCUGAUACAGCUAGUAUCACGUUGCUGUGAGAAGAAAGAGGUAAGCUUGGAGCUGUGGCCUUUUCUCUUCUCUUCCCCUCGCACUCCUUUUCGUGCUCUUACUGUAUCUCUUCAUUUUCUUUGUUCUCUCUGUCUCCACCCCCCCCAACCCCCUUAGUCUCACUUUCUCGCCCUCUACCCACCUCCUAUCUCUCCCUCUCCCCCUUGCGCGUUUGCCCCCUCUCGCUCCCAUUUUCCCCAGCCCCCUCGCCAUUGAAUCCUACACCAGAGAUGGUGAUCUUGUAGGUUUUCUCUCCGUUAGGUGCUCCAACUUUGGGAGCUAGCUGAGAUAGCAAUGGGGUAGCAGUGUGGAAUCCUAGAACAACACCGCAUAGACUAUUCAAGAGCAGACUUGAUGGUUAUGAGCAUGUGGCCAGUGUUGCUAUUUGGACUUUAGGAGGAUACCAAUCACCUCCUUGGGCCUGUUCCACUGUUUAGUUUGUAUUGUCUUAGCACCACCUACUUUCCUGGUCCCCUAACCUUUAAUACCCUCGCCCAACAAAAAUACCCAUGGGUGGGCUUAAUCAGGUCUGGGUGCGAUGCUCUUGCAGCCAAUGAUCUAUAACCCCUCCAUCAAAACAAGAAACUAGGAGCAGGAGUAGGCCAUUUAGCCCUUCAAGCCUGCUCCAACAUUCAGUAUAUUCGUGGCUGAUCAUCCAACUCAAUAGCCUGUUCGUGCUUCUCCCCCCACAUCCUUUGAUUCCUUUAGCCCCAAGUGCUUUGUCCUCUUUGAAAUCAUACAAUGUUUUGUCCUUAACUGUUUUCUGUGGUAGUGAAUUCCACAGGCUCACCUGUCUGGAUGAAUUAAAAACCUCCUCAUCUCCAUCCUAAAAGGUUUACCUUGUAUACUUACACUGUGACCCCUGGUUCUGGACUCGCUCACCAUUGGAAAUGUCUAUCCUGCAUCUACCCUGUCUAGUCCUGUUAGAAUUUUAUAGGUUUCUAUGAAAUACCCACCUUAUUCUUCUGAACUCCAGUAAAUGUAAUCCUAAGUAGUUCAAUUUCUCCUUAUACAUCAGUCCUGCCAUCCUCGGAGUUAGUCUGGUGAAUUUUUGCUGCACUCUCUGUAUAGCAAAAUCAUCCUUUCUCAGAUAUGGAGACCAAAACUGCACACAGUACUCCAGCUAUGGUCUCACCAAGGCUCCGUACAAUUGCAGCAAGACAUCCUUGCAGCUGUAUUCGAAUCCUCUUGCGAUGAAGGCCAACAUACCAUUUGCAUGCUUCACCUGCAUACGACUGGUAUACCUCAUUGUAAAUUUCCCUCUCUCAACUUAUUGCCAUCCAGAUAGUCUGCCUUCCUGUUUUCUACUACCAAAGUGGGAAACGUCACAUUUAUCCAUAUUAUAUUGUAUCUGUCUGCUCACUCAGCUUGACAUAAUGUGGAGCAAAAGCAGUAAAGCAGGUGCAUCCCACUAAAUUUAUUCCUUGUAGAAUGCCAUUGUCGUCUUCAGUUUGUUCACCAGCCCAGUAUCAGGUUGGGAGGUGCAACAUCUUCUGAGGAAGCAAAGAGCUAAGGGUCAAGUUAGGGUUGUGUUAAAAUGCAUGUUAGGGAGUGGCCACUGAGGGGUUUGAGGAAAUUGAAGAUGAGCUGAUACCCGAGAGACAAUGCUCUAGGAGAGCAGAAUGGGAACAGAUUACCUAACUGGCAAUCUCUAACAAUCUAACUGUGAUCAUGUUUGACUCGGAAAUUUUGUUUUUUAAUUGCAGUAGCAGGAUUGUGUUGGGUUGAGGAAGAGGGCUAUGGGGGUGGACCUGCUGUAUGAGGAGCUUCAACGUUGAACACAGUGUUGCCACCUGGUUCUGUUUUCCUUUAGUUGAGUAGAUUGGCUCGCAGUGGGGUGUCCCAAUUUGGGCAGCAGGGAGCUUUCUGAGGAGGUUGUGCAAGAGGAAUGGACCAGUUUCGAAACAUCAUCUGUGCCCCUUGCAGGGUUGUGUAUUGUUUAUAGAUCCAUCCUUCUCCCCAUCCUCUUGCUACAUAAUUUACCCUUUUCUCAAGUAAAACAAAACUGCGAAUGUUGAAGAUCUGAAACAAAAACUGAAAUUGCUGGAGAAGCUCUAGGUCUGGCAGCAUCUGUGGAGAGAGAAAGCAAACCGAACGUUUGGAGUCCAGUGACCAAUUCUGAAGAAGGGCCAAUAGACUUGAAACGUUCACUGGACUCCAAACGUUCGCUCUGCUUUCUCUCUCCACAGAUGCUGCUGGGCUGACUGAAUUUCUCCAGCAAUUUUCUGUUACCUUUUUCUCAUGUCUUGCAAAGAUUGAAUACUUUGUAAUCAUCUGUGCUGAGCAAAAGUGACUGACUGCUGUUUUAUUUUUUAAGAUUCAAGUGACAGAUCAAUGAGUUGCAAUGUCCUAAUCCCAGGGGAGGAAGAUCUAAGGAAUAAAGCAUUCUUUCAGCUGUCCACUUUUUUUUUUCUCAUGUUAACCCCACACCACACACUGUCCCAGCAGCCAGUGUUAGCAGCUCAAGUGACAGAUUUACCCCGUGAUUGUGUGUCUAGAUGAAUUGUCUGGCAUCAUUCGUCCUGCGUACUGAACGCUGUUGUCCCAGAAAAGUUUGUGUGUUUUUUGUUUUUCUUAAUUGCUGUUACUAUUAUCACCCCAAACUUUCAACCUGGCUUUGUUUAUGAAUUGGACAAUUUGCAUUUAGUGUUGGUGAACUUUUGUUUUGUUCCAACAAAAAGAUCAUUGGUGACCCGUUUGGGAAAUGAAUCCUCAUUGCCCUCAGCUAUGGGGAAGCCUCAAGUUGUACCUGGUGCGCCUUUAGUACAAUGUACUGUAAUUAUCUUGUGUACAGGAUUCCUUUAGAACUAGCCAUGUUCUUUUUAGAACCUGUACAAAGUGAUACAGAUUGUUAAAUAAAUCUUGUAUAUACAUUUUUGUACCAUUAUUAAGGGCAGACCUUUGCUAAUAAAAUGCAGAAAAUGAAUUGC